CAGUUUUAAUUUUAAAUUUCUUUAUAUAUGUCUUCCAUCAUGAGAAAACUGCUACAUUAACAUUCAUAAUUUUUACUGGAGUGGGUCUUCGGGAUGCGCCUUGAACCGGUCGAUCCUCUCUACAACCUUUCGUGGGCCCAGAACACCCAGGAACCCGCAUGCCCUCCUUAUUGAGUUCAGAGAUCAGCUGCUCCUGACCCAACGGUGCAAUUUUUCAGUAUAAGUCAUUUUGGUUUAGUCUUUUUCCUGUGAUGUGGUUUCAUUGUUUGUUGAUGUUUAUUUCAAAAGUGGAAAUGUCAGCCACGCUCCUGUUACUUCCAAUGAAAUUGAUGUCACAGACCAGAAAUGUCCUUGAUAGUGAUCUCCCUGUAGGCUGCUCUGCAGAGCAGAUAGAGGCAUCGACGGCCUUUGAGCAGAAGCACAAAGGCCAUUAAAAGGUCUCCAGGCUUAUCUCUGAGGAUGACGCCAAGUGGAGGAAAAUGUGGAAAGCACCAUGCUUGACUUUGCUCCUGCUGGUGGUUUUGAUGAACAGGGUGGAGUGCAACGAUGGCCAUCCCUCUUUCUACGGAGUGAAACUUUGUGGAAGAGAAUUCAUUCGAGCCGUCAUCUUCACCUGUGGAGGCUCUCGCUGGAGGAGAAGUGUGGGAGACUCAGAGGAGACGUUUGAUCCGUGGAAAACAAGUCCCAUCUCUCAGCUCAACUCGGAUCAGGAUCCAGAAAAGUCCCAAGCAUGGAAAGACCAAAUUCUUGACGUUGCUUCAGUGGCUGCUGGUUUCAGCCGCUCUGCUCGCUCUCCGGUUUCAGAUGAAGUCCUGGAGGCUCUUCGAAGUGUGGACAGGAAAGGACGGGACGUUGUGCUGGGACUGUCCAACGCCUGCUGCAAGUGGGGAUGCAGCAAGAGUGAGAUCAGCUCUCUAUGCUGAACCUGAGAACUUCAAAACAGUUCACAAUAAUGUUCUGUUUAUGGUCCAUACAUAGAUGUACUAUCAGUGAGUUGUCAAAUGAAAUGUUGUGUAUUGGUUCCAGAGUCCUAAAAACUUGUUUUUUCAACUGUAGUAAAGUCAAGGAUAUAAAGUAAAGGAUAAAUCACAACCUUCCA